AUGUGGUCACUCUAUGACCAACUAUUUUCGUCAAUAUUUUGGUGCACUGGUACGGUGGCCAUUGUUGUUAACUGUUAUUUGCUAUAUUUGAUAUUCUUUGUCGCUCCAAGCACACUACAUGUUUACCGGGUAUUCCUUGCAAAUGUUGCUCUUGGUGAUCUCGUUUUUGCUGCUGCCACGACUUUCGCUCAGAUCAGGAUUAUUCCGAACAAAUGGGCGUUUGCAUACGUUUCUUUGGGACCGGCAGCAUAUUUUGGAUCAGAGGUGUCUUAUAUUGCUUAUUGCGUCCAACUACAUGCCCUUUUCUACACGUUCUUGUCAUUUCCGCUUUCGUUUGGGUUCCGAUAUCAUGUUUUGAUCCGUCCUAUGCCGGGAGUCAAGCGCUGCAUAUUUAUAUGCUUCUGCCUUUGGCUAGUCGCAUUCGCUCAGCACAUACUGUUUAUUUGCUCUCAGACUGAAGCCAGUUUCAUUAGAGAGUAUCUGGCUAUUAAUAAGCCGGGAUACAAUAUUACUGAUCUCGUUAUCUCCGGAAACCAUAUGAUUAAAAAUCCUCUGACUGCCAUCACGCUUGCCACUAUUGUCCUGCCAAUGUUUCCGAUCUAUGUGCUAGUGAUCUAUUUUUACAAGAAAGUUCAUGGAUAUCUCGACAUCAACACUACGAAUAUGCGCGAAGGCACAGUCAAAGGACAUAGACGGUUAGUCCAGGCUCUCGUGAUCCAGGCUUCGCUACCUCUGCUGUUCAUCUUUCCUCCGAUCUUGAUAUACGGCUUAUACCACCUUGAGUUCAUCAACUUUACCAUAAUAGAGUAUCUUGUAUAUGUUCUAUUCAGUUUCUAUCCAGCAACAAGUCCCUUUGUUACGCUAUAUUUUGUGAAGCCAUUCAAUUUGGCUGUUCGUCGUUUAGUUGGGCUUCCGGUAAAGAAACAAAUAUCCACCGUCGCACCAACGCUGAAAUUGAGAAGGCUAUUGUUCAACAACGACGAACGCGCUGAGUCGUCCAUACCGGGUCUCUCUACAUACAAUAAAUUAUUAUAG